AUGGCACAGAAAGCAAAAAAGGACCGAGCCAAGGCCAAUAUCCAAGCCCUAAACUACCUUCACUAUGGGACAUUUCUCGUAAAUGCCCUAUUCUGCCUCUUCCAUUUUCUGAUCCGAUCCCGAAAUAUGUGGGCAUAUGUGCUUCUCUCGCUUGCGCCAUGGAUUAUCGAAUGGUUCCUCGAACAAAAUAGUCGUCCCAAGUUCGAUCAAGCUGGCAAGAUGGUGUCUGCAGGUGAAGAUCUUGCCGCACCAGGAUUGACAGAAUAUAUGUUCGACAUUAUAUGGAUGCAUUGGUUGUCAUUGUUCGCCGUUAUUAUAUUCGGCAAUUGGGGAUGGCUCAUAUUCUCAGUGGUGCCAAUUUAUGGACUUUACAAGGUGUUUGGUCUAUGGUCUGGAGCCAAAGGCAUGAUGGGUGGUGGGCAGGGAGCACAAGCACCUGAAGAACAAAUGCCCGCUGCGGGUAAUAGAAGACAGAGAAGACAGUAA